GCUGUGGUGACCCCAUUCAGUGCUGUCUUUACUUAGCUAUUUUUAUCUACAUGUGCAAUAUCGACUAGUUGAUAUACAUAUAUUAUAUUGUCUGUCUUCGCCGAGCCCAUUCCUCAACGACAUAAAAAUAUCCGAUAGAUAACCACCAGGCAACGUGAAUAUUACAGGAGUUACUUUGGUCGUCGACAAGUAAUCAACAAUGGGUUCUGCAUCAAGCUGGUUUUGGUACAUGCUGGGUUACGAGGAUAACACCACGCCCGACCCCGCCACUGGGCUGACCCAGUAUCAGAAGUCUCUGAUCAGGAAGAGCUGGAAACUUCUCACCGAAAAUCAGAAAGAAAAUGGCGUCGCCUUCUUUAUAGCUCUGUUCAAAGAAUACCCAUACACCCAGGACUAUUUUGAGCAGUUCAAAGGCAAGAGUUUAGAGGAACUGAAAACCAGCACCACGAUGCGCGCGCAUGCCACGACUGUGAUGUAUUCCAUUGGUUCGUUAGUGGAGAAUCUCGAUGACGCAGAAUGUCUUGUCCAGUUGUGUCAAAAGAUUGGCAGAAAUCACUUCCACAGAGAGGUUUCUCUCAGGAGCUUUGUGGAUCUACAAAAAAUGUUUGGGCCCUUCCUGAAGGAAUCGUUCAAGAAAGAGGCAACCGAUGACGUUGUGAAGGCCUGGGACCAGCUUUUAGGGGUGUUGAACUCGCUCCUUAAGAACUUAGCUACCGACCUCAAAUACAACAAGUAGAUGGUGUCAGCUAAGCUGAACUUUGCGCUUGCCGUUCAGAUUGUCUAUACAGGGUGUUUUGUACAGAACGUGUCCAGUCCAUUAAAACACGGAGCUCAAGAACAGUGCAAUGGUCUUUAAUAGGGAUGAAUUUGAGAGUGUCUGGCAUCAAACAUUCAUGUACAUUGACAGUAUGCAAAGCAAAAAUGCAAACAAUUGUGAUCAAACAAAAUUAUGGUGGGGUUUUUUUUUUAAAUAAUUUAUAAAAUAAUACAUCUUUAAAGGAAUAUUACAGUUUGCUGGGCCACUAUGCACUUUCAAGGAUAUUUAAUGGAUAUUUAUUUUUUAAAUUUAUAAUAGCUAACAAGUUUAUUUAUUUCAUCAAAUUAGAUCAAAAUAAUACCAAUUGUUGUACAAACGGUAAUCAGGAACUUUCACACUUAAGAGGGUCCUAGAAUUUCAUCUUUUCAUCAAUUCAUGCAAAUCCAAACCUCUUGGAGGCUUCAUAUCUUUGUUGCUUAUAGUUCCAAGAACUCUAAUGCCAUGUUUUAUACGACAACAUAAAAAUUAUAUUAACGUUUUAUUAUUCGAAAUUAGGGGUCGUUCGUAUGCUCACCAAAAAAAAAGGCAUUAUCACCAAUAUAUAUGGAUACACCAUGCAAUCAUUCUUUGCUCGCAACGAGUUCUGAAGGCGGGAAACGGGUAACACGUGUCUGGCCACGGUGUCAUCUUCGCGUCUAGCUCCGCUUCGCACAAACUGUAGGUCUUAAAACUUAAAUCAUAUUUUACAUAGUAAUUUGAAUGGUUAUUUAUUCAUUUCUUUAAAUAGAACUAGGUUACUCAUAACCGGUACAUAAAAAGAAAAUAGUCAUUUAAUCACAUCAAUCCUGUUUAUGGUAGACGAGACAUUUAGCUACACACAAUUCUCGCUUCAUUAGAAACUUCAUUCUUUCUAGGGCAUGUUGUUAUUAAAUGCAGGAGCAGAUGGAAUAUUAUUGUUUGUAGACCCGGGAUAAUUACAUUCUUUUUUUAGGUUUCAAAUAAAUAAUUAGUUUACAGAAUAUUAUGUCAUUCUAGUGCCAGAAUUGACCUUCAUUAUAAUAUAUGUACGUAUACUUGAACAUAAAAUAUAUUAUAGUGUUUUGUUACUGUACUUUCUAUAUAUUGGUUAUAUAUGUUGACUAGUGUUAACUAACAAUGCACAUGGUCUGUCACCAUUAGUUGACUAGUGUUAACUAAUAAAGAAUAUUAUUCAUCUUUAUUUAUGUACUUUAUAUGAAAAAUAAAGAAUACCUUUUUUCUCUA